AUGGUUGCUGUUGGACGGUUGAAUGCUGCUGAGCGAGGACUCGAGCUGUCGAGUGGUGGAGGUGAAGGUGGUGGUGACUCGCCUUUGCUGCAAGUUGCAGAAUGA